AUGGCCGGUUUAUUACAUUUUGCUAGAGACGUAACCAAAAAUACUAUAUAUCAGGGUACCGACCCGGUACGUUUAAUGAAUUAUUUAAGUAUUGAUGAUGAGGAUGCUGAUUCAAUGAUGGCGCAAUGUGGUGAUCCAGUAGGUAUGGACGAUAUCGAAGUUUGUCAACAACAAACCGUUGAGACAUGUAGAGGAGACCCCGGAUUUUGUGACUGUAGCGGAUGUCAAGAGAUCAUGAGUCGUACAAUUUUCGGAAGACGUCGUUCACAAGAAGAAGUACAACAUGAAGUAGCACAACCCGCUUCUCGUUGUAGUUCACCACCCGCUCGUUAUCAUCCUAGGUAUGGUGAAUUUGAAUUGUUUCGCACACAGGAAGAUCUACAGUAUGAAAGGCUUGGCAAAUCGCAAGCUUUUCAGAUGUUUUCUGAAAAAGCAGAUUUGGAGGGUGAUGAUUGGUUGGCAUGGCCCUCAAUGCAAGAAGUACUUAAACAUGAAGAUUUUACACGCUGGGUAUUUACGGGAAAAAGAUUGGCACCCUUCGGUGACAAUAAACGUUUAAAUAAUUUUAUAUGCUUUAUAUUUGUUAUUAGUCAAUGGUGUCAAUGUCAUAAGAUAUCACAUGAGAUUUUAGAACGCUACAAAUUAGAUUUACCAUAAUUAUUUUUUUGAUUUCAGUUCAUAACCUAAAUGUUUCAUAACGUUAAUCAUUUCUGCACUUUGUAAUGCUUCUCUUAUAUUUUUUCGAACAGUGUCGGGAUGUACAUAGUUAUCACGUGUAUCAAAAUACAUAACGUUUUCAUCAUUGUCAGUGUCUUCAUCGCUACUACUAUACUCGCUACUACUACUAUACGCGCUUUUUGAAAUUUCCUCAAUUUUGCGUUUGUUCAUCUUUGAUCAGCUCACAAUUUUCACAACAGGGUUUAGCUAUACACACCAUGUGCAGAUAGCAGUAGUAGGGUAAUGGUUUUGUAGGUUUUGUAGGUGUUUCUUUUUUGAUUUUAAUUUUCUUUUUUUCCUUUUCAACUUCCUGUAGUUGUAGUUUGGUUUGCUGUAGUUUUUUUUUUAAACAACGACGUUUAAAUUUAACAGGCGAUGCUUCUAUCGCCGACUCUGACGAUGUUUCUUCAAACUGAAUUUUUUUUCUGGGCGUUUUAUUUUCUUGUUGCUGCUUUUGCUGAUCGUGUAGUAUAGAGUGUGCGACAUCGUAUAAUUGUUUUGCUUUUAAACAAUUUAAACAAUUUUUUUCACAUUUACAUUUUGCAUCUUGCGUACAAUGUUCACAAGCAGACAUGAUGUGGCUAUAGCAAAUGAAAUUAUUCACCCUUUUUAAAUAUACGGUUUUGCAAAAAUGAUGUGACCAUAUUUGGGCAUAUGAAUAAAAAAGGGCUUAAGGGUUUAUAUAUAUUGUAAGGUUGUAAGAAAGCGGGUCAUUAUUUUCACAAUGCGUUGUGAUUGUAACGUGUGUAAAGUGUGGGUUGUUGGAGAUGAAAAAGCUGUUUGUAAAAAAAUUAAAUGUUGUUGUGAUGAAUAUGCUAGCAUUGUGACGUAUAAUGAUCGCGGUUAUUAUAUGUGUGCUGAUAAAUAUUAUACAAGCCCCAGACUGGGGGGUUAUUUUUGUGGUUUUCAAAUCGAUAUGGAAAGCGAAACGUUUCCGCAAUAUAUUGAGAUUAUGAACGCUGUUGGGGAAUAUAUCAUGUUCAAGUUAUAUCGCGACCCGUGUAAAUGUGGCGUGCAGACGAAAGCCAUAUUAAAGCAUAUUGAUUAUUCGACACCCUCAUAUCUUCGCGGUUGUGAUGUUAAAGGCGAAUUACAAUUAUUUUACGUGUGUGCUAAUGACUGUUGUGAUGUAAAAGAAUCGGUUGUUGAAAUUAUUGCAAAACGUAAAAGAAUAAGAUGUUUAUGCAGUCGAACUUGUUUGUACGAGAUGGGUGUUUAUAGCUGCCCAAAAGUUGGCGGGGGUUGCGGUGUUUGUUUUCACGAGAACGAUUCUUUAACAUUUAUGCAUACGUGGCUCGUCAAUAAAUAUAAGCCGAUGACAUUAUAUCCCGAACGCUUGUGUCAUUUACGACCGGUGAUUAAAUAUGUAUUAGAGAAGGGUAGAUUAUGUUACAUUUGUAGACAAAACAUUGAAUCGUGUAAAAAAAUGGUAUUUUGUUAAUUUUUUAUUUGAUUAAAAUAAUAUAGUUACAGAAACAACAUCCACCAGUUACCACCUUGUUGUUUUUUUUGUCCAUCGUUUUCUAUACAAUAAAAGUGUGUAUGUCUUUUAAUUGUUUGUGAUUGGGCGCUCUUUAAUAAGACCAUUUUUUUGUUGUCUUAUUUACCUUUUCUCCGUCUACGUCUUUGCGGUGGCGGUGCGUCGUAAUAGCGAUAAGUUUGGUACCGCUGCGGGGGUGGGUAGUAGGGUUGAUAACGAGGUUGGCUAUACCCGUUACGCAUUGAUUGAUUACCCUGAUUUCCCUGUCUUUGAUUUACAUUUACAUUUAUCGGUUUUGAUUUGUUUUUACCACCCCCGAAUAAACUGGAUAAAAACCCUCCAUCCUGUUGUUUUUUGUUUGUCUUUCCCCGUUGAUAUCGGGUACCUUUAAAAUUUGCCCCAUAUUGUUUGCGAUGACGUCUCGGUCUAUAAUUCACCAUUGUAAUAGCUAUGACAAUCAAAUGAUUGCUCUGUAGAAAUGCGUAUGUACUUAUACGGGUCUAUGGGCUUUGGCGGUUGUUAAUAAAAAAGCGGUUUUGUUUUUCCGAAAUAUGCUGAUUCGCAAUGCGUCGAACUCUCGUCUGCAAUGAUAAAGUGUAUCGGGUAAAGUUAUGUUUUAUAAAAUUAUUACAAUGUACCGAGGAGCGUGUACGUUUUGAGGUUGAAUAUUAUACGGGUCGCUGUUAUAUACGUUAUAUAGUAAUUAAGGAAUUAGAAACUGCAAAAUUUAAUAUUAUUUUAACAAAUAGUUUUCAUCAUCCCGAUCAUGACAUUCUCGGUUUAAAAGCUUUGUUAGAGAUAUUUUUUGUACAGUGUGAUCGGGUAUUUGUACAUUUUAAUCAUACCUAUCAUUAUGCGCGUACACAGUUGUGUCAUUAUCUUAUUGAACGUUAUGGUAUAUGGAUAAAAGACGAUCUAAUAUGGUAUGCUCUAAAUUCUAUACCCUACAGCUUGUAUAAUUACGGACAAAAUUUAACAAAUUUCAAAUAUCGUAAACAGUACGACUGGGAUAACCAUGCUGUAUAAGGUUUCGGGUAAAAGAGCCUGUUCUGCGGUUUUAAUGGAUGACAAAUGUCAUGAUAUUAAUUUUUGUUAUGAUUGUGUGCACAUAAAAGAUGGUGAAUAUGCCUAUUAUGUCGGUUACACCGAGGGUUAUUAUCGCUGUGAAUUUCAAGUUUUACCCGAGAAAGAUGUGGCCACGCAACAAUUUAAUGGGCGUCAUGUGAUAUAUACAAAAUGUACAUUUAUAAAUACGAUACGUCGUUUUUUAACAUUUAUAAACAAAUGUCUUUCAGACAAUCUAAGCGAUAAAGAAUUAAGAAGAAAGGUUAACGAAUAUUACGGAAUCUAUCAAAUCUACAUUACAGAAAGAUGGCUUAAAAUUGGAAAAUAUUUAGUGUCAAAUCACAACUUAUCGUUUUUUUACGGAGAAUGAAUUUACAAAGAAGAAGAAAAUUUUUUUCUGAAAAACAAAAAAUUAAUAAAUAUAUAUUACUACGACCUACAAGUACAAUAUUAUGUGAUGAUAAUCUCUACGCCAUAUCGUAUAUAUUAAAAGCGGAUAUUACACGCAGAACAGAAGUCGAUUAUAAUAUUGUACUUAUCUUGGAGACGUAUACGGGUGAGACGACCGAACAUUUUGUUAUAAGUUACGAACAUGUGACUCUGUUGGGUUCCCGCAGAAGAAUGAAUAAAAUACUUUAUUUCGUAUCCUAUAUACAAUUUGUACACGACCGGGGAAUUUGUUAUGCAAAAAACAUUGUAAAUAUUAAAAAAUAUUUUUUAAAAUGUAAUAUGUUAAUUGAUAAUAGUGUCUUACCGUUUAUCAUCUAUGCACACUUAAAAACGCUAAAAGUAACAAAUAUGUAACACAUAUAACACAUUGAUAUUGAAUAAAAUUAUUUCAGUACGAAGAUCACCGUGUAUGUAAGUGUUCAUGUAAAAUAUGCGAGAUAAUUCGUGAAUUAAAACAUGUAUCAUACAACAUCGUGGCACGGUUUGGUAGAUGCAAAAAGCGAUUAUGUGCGUGAAAUUUUUCACAAUCAGAUGAGUAAUUGUUUAAGAAUAUGUUAUGGGGAUAUUUGUAAGAUGAUACGGAAUAUUGAACAACCCGCUGGUCAUCAACCCACAGAUAUAAUGUUGGCAUUAGUGAAUGAUGAUACUUUUAAAACUAAUAACGAUUACUUCAAAUUAUUCGCUAUGGGUUACGUUCUUGUGACCCUAUAUGGUCAUAUCGAUUUUUCAACUUCCGAAAGGAAAUGUCUUUUUCUUCGUAAAAUCACAGAUAUAUACAAUAAAGUGUGUGACCAUAUUCGGGCGACAAUAGCAAAACAAUUUCUAGUGAACACGGUGUUGACAAUGGGGUUGGGUUACGUUGUGUAUAAAAUGCUUGCGUGAGUACGCGCAACCAUCGCAUUUUCAUUUUUUCUCAAAGAUGGCACAACAACAUGAGGUGUCUGCGAUUGAGCUGUACGAAAAGCAGAAUGCUACACAUGUUACAACAUUGGGUACAGCUGCAAAUAAAACUAAAAAAAUGCUUUGGUAUCAACGUUUUAACAAAAAAUGUUGCAUAGCAUCGACAGCCCCAACACAGGCGGGUGACAAAAUGUUAUAUAAAAUGAAAUUUUUGCUCACCACCGACCAGCUUCGCACAGUUAGUGAGUCUCUUAAGAAGUGUCGAAAAGGUGCCACCAACGAUAUUUUGAUUGAUGAAUAUGAAGAUUGGAACAAGAAUUUGGUCCGAAUUUUGUUGACCGAUAGCGAGUAUCAUGGUUUGGUACUUAUGCGUCAACAAGCAUGUAAACCCCCCGUUGUUUUAUCAGUCGUUGUUCCCGACGGCUUGCAAGAUGAUGAUGUACCCAUGACUCAACCCAUGGAUGAAGAAUUGGAUGAUGACAUCGCCGAAAUUGAAUGGGAAGAUCAGUGGGCCAAAUGUUAUUUUUCAAAAAAUGAAAAUUGGCAUUAUGUGUCCACGAAGAUCAACGAGUUUUUGUCGCGUGUGGAACACGAGCAGGAUGUUGAUGAUGAGUCGGUUAUUACAACACAGCCGACCGUGUCCCCACCCCCAUCAACACCACCACCACAGUUAGCACCUACGAAAAGUGCAGCCGCGAAGAAACGUAAGGAAGCGAAACAGCCAAGUGGUAGUGGUAAAAAGAAGCGUGUUAUCGAUCCCGUUGAAGACGAGGUAAUGUUUGCAAAAUGGUAUCAAAAUUUAAACGUAAACGGUACCAAACCUUUUCUUAGAGAACGAAUAAGCACUGUGAUAAAAGGGGUUUUAUUGAAAAUGUUGGCUGAAAAUCAGACCUAUGAACAAGCAAUAACUUAUUACAAUGUCAAAACGAAUGAAUGGAAUGUGUUAGAAGACGCCAGUAUAAGAAGAUAUAUAUUAGAUACUGUAGAUAAAUUACGAAAAAUGCAGCAAUUAUCGGAGAUGUCUAUCGAUAGUUUUUCGCUUAUUCUUCAAUAGUUUUUUCAUAUUUUUUUAUAGCGUCGUAAUGCAAUAUCGAAUAUUAUUGCUGUGAUGCAUCGUGAAAAAAAAUCAUGUAAAGAAGCCGUACUUUUAUAUGCAAACGAGCUGAGCGAGGAAUAUGCGUAUAACUAUCUCGACAUGAUUAAAAAUGAUGAGACUGUAGAGGAGGUAGAAGAAAUGUAUAGGGUGAUGGUUGAUAAAAAUAUGUUGUAUUAAUUUUUUAGUAACACAUUAUGGGGAAGACGUCAAAGAAUACAGAACUGAUUAAAAAAACGUCGCGAUUAUUAAAAAAUGAACGAUUAACUGAUAAACAAAAAGACGCGUAUCGAUUACAUAGUAGAAAAUUGACAAAAUAUAAACGUUUAUCAAUUAAUGUAUAUAAACGUAAUGCACAAUGGAGUAUUGAUUUGGCCGAUUUAAAUAAUAUAGCAAAUUUUAAUAAUCAAUAUCGUUAUUUGCUUGUGUGUGUUGAUAUUUAUUCUCGUUAUGCUUUUGUACGUCCCUUGAAAACGAAAACGGCUCGAAAUGUGGCAAAUAAAUUUGAAGAUAUUUUGAUAAAAGAAAAGGAGAUCCCGUUAAAAAUUCAAAGUGACGAGGGUACAGAAUUUACGUUAAUAAAACGAGAUCUGUGUAAAAAAUACGGCUUUACACUUUUUCACACUUACAAUCGAGAGACGAAAGCCGUACAUGCGGAACGAUUUAUCGAAACGCUUAAACAAAGUAUUCAGCGUUCGUUGACGGGGUUAAAUCAAGGUCAUCGGUACAUUGAAAAUCUACAAGUGAUUGUUGAACGUUACAAUGAGGCCCCACACAGGGGCAUAUACAAUAUGACACCUGUUGAUGUAUAUAAACGGGGUAAAAAACCAGAUGCUGUUAAAAGAUUAAAGUCGAUAUUAAAUGAUAACCCCAAACCCGUACGUCUUUUAAAGCAAGGUCAACAUGUGCGUAUUGCACGAAUUAAAAAUAAUAUUUUUGAAAAAUCCAGUUUGAGACGAUGGGUAAAAGAAAUUUUCCGUAUUAAAAAGGUUUACAUAUCCGACCCAGUCACGUAUUCACUCGAAGAUUUGAAGGGUGAGGAAAUCACGGGGAUAUUCUACCGCAGCGAAUUACAAACGAUAUGA